CACUCUGUGUCUAUCUUCAGAUACAGGGUGACGGUUGCAGGCAGAUGAUGAUAGAAGACACAGUGUUUAAUGUGUGCGAGUCGAUCGCGUCCACUGUUGUGCUUUGAGCGAGGCGGGAGCUGCGUCAGUCCCACGUUAAGCUGUGGAGGAGCCGGAUCUCGGGCCGGUGUCGGUGUCGGGGAGCGGAGCGGCGGUGGUGGCCAUGGUGUCCUGGAUGAUAUCCCGGCUGGUGGUGCUAAUAUUUGGCACUCUAUACCCUGCGUACUCUUCCUACAAGGCAGUCAAAACAAAAAAUGUUAAGGAAUAUGUGAAGUGGAUGAUGUACUGGAUUGUUUUUGCAUUUUUUACCACAGUGGAGACUCUCACCGAUAUCAUCCUAUCAUGGUUUCCAUUUUACUUUGAGCUGAAGAUGGCUUUCGUUAUUUGGUUACUGUCUCCAUAUACAAAGGGCUCCAGCGUUCUGUACAGAAAGUUUGUCCACCCGACCUUGUCCAGCAAAGAGAAGGAGAUUGAUGAGUACAUAAGCCAAGCCAAAGAUCGCAGCUAUCAGACCAUGAUGCGGUUUGGGAAACGUGGACUGAAUCUCGCUGCCAACGUUGCAGUAACGGCUGCAGCCAAGGGACAAGGAGUGCUCUCAGACAGACUGCGGAGUUUCAGCAUGCAGGACCUCACCUUGCUCAGAGAUGAAGACUCGAUCCACCUUCGCAGCACUGACCCCCAGAUGAAAACAUCCAGCAGCAAUAUUCUGGAAACGAUAAGUGAUUCCGACACACACCGGCUUCUUUCAGGUGAAGAUGUAGGAAAUACUCAAGCUCAGAAGUCAGAUGGAGAACAGCCAGAUGUGAAACUUGAACAAGCAGAUGAAGAAAUCAUGGAUAAAGUCCCAAAACGCACUCAGAGCCUUAAAAGCAAUAAACAAAAAUUGCAGCGUUUGGAGCCACAAUCAAAGAGUGUAAAGUUGCGUGUAAAGAAGAAGGCCAGCAGUCACACUGAGUCUGCAUGAAGCAGAUCCAGUGAGGAGGAAGCCAUACAGAGUGCCACAGCCUCAGUCUUUCACACAUUUGAGUCUUGCUUGAAGCUGAGAAACUGUGAAAGCAUAAAGGAGAAGCUGUACCUUGUAAAUAGGCGCUUUGGCCCUGUGUCUUUAGCAGGUAUGGGCAAUGCAGUCGUCACCACAACACAGUAACAUUCAAGCUGUUGUUGAGGGACUUGACCAAGUAAUCUUGCUCAGUGUUAUAUAAGCAUUUCAUCAAUAGUAUUCAAGAUGAAGUUCCGCCAAAAUAUCGCCAAGGAAAUGUUAAGCUAUAUUUAGGUUUGCGCUCAUCACUAUUUUUCAUUGGAUUAUUUUUUGGCUUUUUUGAAUCCCAAUUAGCUUUCCUUUAUGUUGAAUGUGAAACCAGAACAUCAGAAUAUAGUCCAUUCAUUUAAAUAGAAAUACAUUGAAUAAUAGCUUACAUUCCAAAUAGUUGGGCAGUGUUUGCCUGGAUUUGGCAGUUGACCCACAGUCUACAGCUUGUGCCAAUUCAGUCUUCAGAUCAACCAAAUAGCUGUGGUUUACCUCCACUUGCAUUGACAAUAGACAAUAGACAAUAGGUGCAGGAGUAGGCCCAUCGGCCCUUCGAGCUGCAGACACGGUCAGUUUGGCUGAGGUGCCUUGUGAUGUGACUACAAUUUUCAGCAAUCAGGAAAUCUUGUAUAAACUAAAGAUGUGAAAAUUACGUUUUAAAGCUUGGUAUGUUUUCAAAUCUUAGUUCUGUUCCCUAAAUAUUCACCAACUAUCACGGAAAAUAAAGGAAAUAUGUUUUAUGAAUUAAUUAGAUUGAGAAUGUAUUGGCAACUUUAGAUGUCAACUGGUAGCAUGUUCACUGUGUUCAGAGACAAAAACUACGCACUGGAAAAUGAUUUUGAUCAGGAAAACUAUGUGGCAAGAGUGAAAAUGCAUGCGUCCUUAGCAUCCUACAUAAUGGAGAAAGGUGGGUGAAGCAUUUAAUCAAUGACAUUACAGUGGAAAUGAAUGUGAGGGGAUUUGUUGCAUUGGAAAUAUAUACAAUGAUUGUAAACAGUAAGUGCUUUGGGGUUUUCAAUAGAGGAAGUGAAUGGAAAGUGGUGCAAGAAAUCUAUCCAGCUGGAGUGAUGAGAAAGGGUUUCUUCCUUUGGAGUUUACAUCUGUGGAGAGCUGGGCUUUUGUUGGGUGAAAUUCCAUCAAGUGGACGAGGGGCAGAGACUUGGUUUGUGAAAAGAUACUGCUUACUGCAUGGGAUUCUGAAUCAGGGUAUUGGAAUUGGUUAUAUUUAAUUAAUAGAACUAUGGAACCUGGGAUUCUGUAAUGGAAUCCAUUUACAUUAUGUCUGCUUGUGGAUGCAACUGCUAUCAGAGAUCCAGGUUCAUAUGAUCUAACUGCAACCUGUUCUGGUGUCAGCUUGGCUUUUGUAUGCACUAAAAGUAGCUGAGGUAGAAUUUUCUAAUUAUUCUACGGACAUUUAGGGUCUGAAUAUUAUUACCACAUUGUUUUUCAAAGUUACUGUAGAUUACAGGUGAUAACCAGUAAAUAGUACUUUAGUCAGUUUCUGAUGUUUCUAAAAACCAUGUGAGGCAACUGAUUUAGAAACUUCAAAGUAAAAUGAAUCAGAUGCUAAAUGCUUGCUGUUUUUUUUAAUAACAUGUAGCAUGAUGUUUAGUUAUAGUUCAUGUUUUAGUAUUUGCCAGAAGGAACAUUUAGUGGACUGAGGUGAUGUGCCAUGAAUGACAAUGAUAGUGAUGUAGGAGAUGAAGUUGUGUUAACACAUGUGAUAUAAUUAUAACAUAGAUAUUUUUGCAAAUGGAUGUGCUGUACAUGAUGUACCAGUCUGAACAAGUGCACUGUAUAACUGUUAAUACACUGAAUAAAAGGCUUUAGCCAUCUGUACUG